AUGGCCUCCGUGGGGGCCGCUCGCGGCGCUCCGGCGUCUCGGCGGGAGCCCGGGGGCCGCUCCCGCGGGCCGGACAAGUACUCGGUGCUUCUCCCCACCUACAACGAGCGCGAGAACCUGCCGCUCAUCGUGUGGCUGCUGGUGAAGAGCUUCUCCGAGAGUGGAAUCAACUAUGAGAUUAUAAUCAUAGAUGAUGGAAGUCCAGAUGGAACAAGGGAUGUUGCUGAGCAGUUGGAAAAGAUCUACGGGUCGGACAGAAUUCUUUUAAGACCACGAGAGAAAAAGUUGGGACUAGCUGUGUUUGUCACUGGGGAAAGCUUGGAAAGAUGGUUACUGUAUUAUUCUCUUCAACAAAAAAAAUCUGUUUUAUUUGGCAGCCGUGGGGCCAAUUUUAUAACUCAGAUUUUGCUGAGACCAGGAGCAUCUGAUUUAACUGGCAGCUUCAGAUUAUACCGAAAAGAGGUUCUACAGAAACUAAUCGAAAAGUGUGUUUCUAAAGGCUAUGUGUUCCAGAUGGAGAUGAUUGUUCGGGCUAGACAGCUGAACUACACUAUUGGGGAGGUUCCAAUAUCAUUUGUGGAUCGAGUAUAUGGUGAAUCCAAGUUGGGAGGAAAUGAAAUAGUCUCUUUCUUGAAAGGAUUAUUGACUCUUUUUGCUACUACAUGAAAGAAAGUUACUCAUUUAUUCUUACCAUGUUCAUUUCAAUGUAAAAAUACAAGAAGCCUGGUUACUGAUUAAAAAUGUACUCUUAGAGCAUGAUCAUAAGGUAAGGCAUAUUACAUACAAAUAUUUUCUCUAGAAAAAUUCCCAUUUUGUACUCCAAAUUAAAAGUUACUGAUUUAAUGACUGA